ACCCUUUCGAACUGGUAUGGAAUUCUACUCAAUUUCCUACUCUACACAGUGGCUUACAGAGACGACGUCCAAUCGUUCAUCAUCAUCAGCUACACACACGUAUAUAUAUGGCUCUGCUGCUUCACCAAUCCUCAAUAUCGUCACCCAUCGGCUUCGGCUUUCUAUCGACAGUCGGUGGUCCGAAGUUACCGAAUCUUUGCAAAACAAAUUCCAGCACUGCUAAGCGCCACCGUGGCUGCAGAGCUUCAUGGCAAGAGCUUGCGGGUGUUUUAGUAUUCUCUGCCAUUCCUUUCACUGCGGUGAAAGCCAUCGCCAACAGUCCCCUGGGAGAGUUGCUUCAGAGGCGAUUGGAGAAGGAAAAGAAGGCUGCCGUCCAUAAUUCUUCAAAGUUCAAGGCACUCGCUAAAAUGGCAAGAAGAGUUAGUUUGUGGUAUGGAGAGAAACGUCCUCGCUGGCUUGGUCCAAUUCCAUAUGACUAUCCUCCAUAUCUGACUGGAGAACUACCUGGGGACUAUGGCUUUGACCUUGCAGGUUUGAGCAGGGAUCCUAUGGCUUUCCAGAAAUACUUCAACUUUGAAAUACUACACGCUCGGUGGGCCAUGCUGGGAGCGCUGGGUGCUUUAAUUCCUGAACUAUUAGACCUAGUAGGAGCCUUUCACUUUGUAGAACCAGUAUGGUGGCGAGUUGGCUAUUCAAAACUUAAGGGUGACACGCUGGACUAUCUUGGCAUCCCUGGGCUCCACUUGGCUGGAAGUCAAGCAGUGCUAGUCAUAGCUGUCUGCCAAGCCCUUCUCAUGGUUGGACCAGAAUAUGCAAGAUAUUGUGGCAUUGAGGCGCUGGAACCGUUGGGAAUUUACUUGCCUGGGGAUGUCAAUUAUCCCGGAGGUGCACUUUUCGAUCCCUUGAAUCUAGCUAAAGACCCAGUAGCUUUUGAGGAACUGAAGGUGAAAGAGAUUAAAAACGGCCGGUUGGCCAUGGUUGCAUGGUUAGGAUUUUUUGCACAAGCUGGUCUAACAGGUAAAGGCCCAAUACAAAACCUUCUUGAACACAUCUCUGAUCCUUUCCACAAUAACCUUCUAUCCUCUCUCAAAUUCAUUUGAAUUGUUUCUUCUGUAUGUAAAUUUGUACUAUUACUCAUGUUAAUCCAUGUUAAAAACGCUCAUCACCUGUAAUUGGACCCUUCCAUUCCCUGUGUUACGUGGAAUUCAAUUCCUGGUUUGGUAGGGAGCCUUACUUCUGCUUA